AGAGGAGUAACCAGUGGACCAGGAGGAUGUCGGAGCAGCAGAACGCCCCUGAACAACUGGCUGCAGGGAAGAGCCAGGGUGGAGCAGGAGCCACUUACAAGGUACUGUAUCCUCUCCUCUGUCGUCUGUGUAUUUCUCCCUAUACUCGUGAUCUCGCUCUUCAUUUCUUUUUCCGUCCUUUGUCCACUUCUCUAUUUUCCCCACUUGUCUAUCUGCCCUCUUUGUAUUCCUUACUCCCCCCAUAUCUUUCCUAUCUUUAUAUUGGCAGCUUUACUUUGUCAAUAUUUCUCUCUUUCCUCGCUCUCUCUGAUCUAGGUGGUGCUGUUUGAGUUUGAGAAUUUCCAGGGUCGCAAGGCUGAGUUUUCUGCCGAGUGUAAAGAUGUUUCAGAGAAGGGCUUGGAGAAGGUGGGCUCUGUGCUGGUUGAGUCUGGCCCGUGAGUACUGGUGCAUUGGUGUCAUUCACAGACACACUUUCUUACACAUACAUAAUGUGUUUUCAGGCUCAGGUUAAAUGUUGUGUUAACAAAAAAAAGGAAUACUAUCUCUGUACACAGCAUCUUACAUGCUGAGGAGACAUAUUCUAACAGCCUCAUCCUUCUCCUCUCUCCUGUCAGAUGGGUGGGGUAUGACCGCCAGGGGUUUGCAGGUGAACAGUUUGUUUUGGAGAAAGGCGAGUAUCCACGCUGGGACACCUGGACCAACAGCCAGUACAGCUAUUCCUUCUGGUCCAUGCGGCCACUCAAAGUGGUGGGUAGCACUCACACAAUGUCUCAACAUGCUCAACAUACUCACUGACCAUGUUUACCAUCUCACCGCUCUGCAUUCCCUACCAAUCUCAAAUCAACAUUCUCUUACCAUUUCAGCACAUAUUUAGCAUUCCAGCACUCCCCUGUUUAUCUCAACACUCACAGAUUAUCUCAACACUCUUUAACCAUUGUAGAACGCCAUGUACAUCUCAACAGUCACUUAUCUCAGCAGACAGCUCUCAUUGACUAUCUGAAUACUCACUGAUUACCUCAAGCCUCAAUCUCAAGAGUCAGCUUUCAGUUACCAUCUUAACACUGAGUGUGUCGGUCUGUCUGUGUGUGUGCAUAUCUCAAUUUCUCCUCUUUAGGAUAGUGCAGAACACAAGAUUCAUCUGUUUGAGAGUCCAGGCUUCACUGGUAAAAAGAUGGAGAUUGUUGAUGAUGACGUUCCCAGUUUGUGGGGACAUGGUUUCCAAGAUCGCGUAGGAAGUGUCAAGGCUCUCAACGGAACGUAAGAGCUCCCUUUCACCCUCUCUCAAGUUCUUCCUGUUUCACCUGCUCUCUAUCUCUCUCUCUGUCUUUUGCUGUUUCUCUCAUGUCUCACUUCGUCUUUCUUCUGAAAACCUUAAAAAGAUGGUAAAUUAUUCUGUCAUAUAUUUUAGUCCUGUCUCAUGGACUCCUUCUCUGUUCCUUUGUUCCAGAUGGGUCGGCUACAUGUACCCAGGCUACAGGGGACGCCAGUAUGUGUUUGAGCGUGGAGACUUCAAGCACUGGAACGACUGGGAUUCCCCUGCACCUCAGAUCCAGUCUGUCCGGCGUGUGAGGGACAUGCAGUGGCACAAGAGGGGGUGUUUCACCAUCCCUGCUCCUACCCCUGACCCAGCUCCUGCCCCUACCCCAGCACCCGAACCCCCUGCCCCCCCUGCCGCUGCUGGGGCCAGCUGAAGAGGACUCUGAUCCACCUCCCCCCCAGAGCCUCUUCCAUGAGCCUCUUCUUACAAUCAGUGCCUGCCCUCUGCCUCACCCUAACCAUGGCAAAUGCUGCUCCUGCUUAGUGAGAAGUGCUAUGUAUGUUUCAGUGGCGAAUAAAGUUUGUUUGACCAGA